UUGAGUUGAAUCAUGUCAGUGGUGCAUAUAACAGAGGAACGUGUAAAGGAGCUGCUCGAUUGGCCUUUGGUCUGUGAUGCAGUUGAGCAAGCAUUAAGAGCAAUAUGUGCGAAUCGAACAAGUGAUGAACAACCGAUAUCACAACAACCGAUACGGAAUUUCACGCCAACUGAAAAAGGUGUUUUAUUGUGCAUGCCUGGAUUCAUUGGCAAAUAUAAAUUGGCUGGAUCCACCAAGGUGUUCAAUACGCUCGGCUGUAAGCUAGUGUCAUCAUUUAUAGCGAAUCGAUUCUUAAAUCCACCAAAGCCGAAUAUUAUGGCGAAUAUUUUCCUAUUCAGUGAGGAAACGGGUCAAUUGAAUGCAGUCAUUGGCGCCGAUGACUUAACGGCAUGGCAAACAGCUGCCGCCUCUAUGGUCGCAACCAAAUACCUCUACUCAAAACGACCAUCAACACCCGCUAUCAAUACAGUUGCCAUUCUUGGAUGCGGUGUCGAGGGUCGAAUCCACGCUAUUGGUUUUUGUACAACAAAUUUUGUUGAUUCGAUAUAUUUAUGGAAUCGUACAAUAAGCCGAGCAGAAGCAUUGGUCACCGAAUUGAAACAGUUACGUCACAGCUUUAAAAAUCCAAACGUUCAGAUUAUUUGCGGCGAGUCAGUGGCCGACUGUGUUAAAAACGCUGAUGUCAUUGUAACCGCAACGUAUGCUGAUACCCCGUUUUUAUACCGCUCAAUGAUCAAAGAUAACGUUCAUAUCAAUGCGACUGGCGCCGGUGAAAAAGGCCACCAUUCUGAACUGGCCGAAGACAUUUAUACUGAUCCAGAGUCAAAAAUUUAUGUGGACACCAAAGCAGGGGCCCGAAUUGAAUUUCACUUAAAAGCUCCAAUUGUUUGCGAAAUUGGAGACAUUAUUAAUGGACACAACUCGACACCAACCGCAGGAAUUACCAUAUUCCAUUCGAUGGGUUUGGGCGUUGAAGAUGCAGCAUGUGGUCAAGCUAUUCUCGAAAAAUUCCGAAAAAAAUUGAAUUGAUGUUUUUUGCCAAACACACGAAUCAAAAUCAUUUCUCCGAAUUAUUUUCUUGUUAUAAAUAAACGUAUAAAUAAA